AUGGCUUCUGCAUCAUCCGGUGAUAAUGAUGAGAAAAAGAAAUCAUCAAGUAGUGGCGGUGUUCGAUCUGGUUUUCUUGGAAAAACUGGUACAGAUGAAGCACCAUUAGAUAAAACUUAUUACAAUAUUCUUAAUGUAUCACCAACAGCAAGUGGAUCGGAAAUCAAAAAAGCAUAUUAUUCACUAUCAUUACAAUAUCAUCCUGAUCGAACACAAAAUCUUAAUGAUUUUACACGACGAGAAUAUGCUGAAAGAUUUAAACUUAUUUCUCAAGCUUACAGUAUUCUCAGUGAUCCAGAAAAAAGAAAACUUUAUAAUAGAUAUGGCAAAGAUGAACGUCUUAUAGCUAAUGGUUCUGAUGGAAUAACAUUAGAAGAUUUUGAUGCUGAAGAAUUCUUUCGAUUAAUGUUUGGUGGUGAACAAUUUACAAAGAUAAUUGGUGAUUUUGAAUUAGCUAAAUCAUUUAAACAUGCUAUUACUGAAGUUAUAAAAGAUGCUGAAACAAAAGGUACGGAAGAAACACGUGAACAAAAAGAAGAAAAAAUGCGUAAACGUCUUGCAUAUGCUGAAGAACGUUCACAAGCACGUCAAGAACGUAUUAAACAAUUAGCACAAAAUCUUACUUAUAAAUUAUCAAUUUUUACAGAAUCAUUGCCACCAAAUAGUAGUGACGUACAGUAUAAAGAAGCACUGAAUAAUUUUGCUCAAAUAACAUUAUUAGACAUUCCAAAUUUAUUAAGUGCACCGUAUGGUGAACAUUUAUUACAUGCAAUCGGUUAUAUUUAUGAGUCAAAAGCAAAAUUAUGGUUAAAUAAAUUAGAUUCUCAAGAAGGUCAUAUUGGUAAACGUAUGUUAGGAUAUGGUAAACAUGUACAAUCAUCAUGGAAAGAACGUGUACAUGUUGUUAAAGAAACGGUAAAAACAGUUAAAUGUGCUGUUGAAUGGGGACAGUCAAUGUCUAAAUUAGCACAAAUUGCUGAUGACGAAGCAACAGCUAAUGAAGAUGGAAAAGAUUCUCAGUAUCCAUUUCAGCAUCAUUCAGGACAUUUAGAAUAUGCAGGAUAUGUUCCUCCUGAAUCGACUGCAUCAGCUUCAGCUUCGGCCUCGGCUUCGGCUUCAGCUUCCGAAUCACCAAAACAUUCGAAUUUAAAUUCAACAUCAACAACAACAACAACAACUACAUCCACUACUGUAAAACCUAGUCGUCAUGGUAAAUCUUCAGCACAACAAGUACCAGUACCGUUAACUGAAGAAGAAAAACGUAAACUUGAAGCUGAUACAGCUGCUAAAUCAAUGGAAGCACUAUGGCGUGCAACAAAACUUGAAAUUGAAAGUGUUGAACGAGAUGUUUGUGAUCGAGUACUCAAUGAUUCGACAUGUCAUCGUGAAACUCGACGACAUCGAUGUAUUGCUCUAUUAAAAAUGGGCGAAUUAUGGCAAGAAGCACGCGAAAGACGACCACCAACUUCUGAUUCAUUAUAG